GUGCUGAAGUUUGUGGUAGCUACAUGACACUUCAGUGCAGGGUUAGCAUGCGCGCGCGCCGCUGUUUGUGUCGCUCGCGGGGAAGCAGCCGCGUGAAGGAGAGCCGUCGAGCUCCGCGCAGGUGUGUGCUUCCUCUCAAUUAGCCUCAGCGUUGACUCAUUCACGCGGCGACAGGACCGGAGUACCGUCUGGAAGAGAAAGAACCGCUUUAGAAUAGAACCAGUUCACCCCUCGCAGCUCCUGAGUAAAACCACAAUGACUCUGGAAAUGAUCAACCUGAGCUUCUUGUCCGAGUUGGAGCAACAGAUGAUCCUGGAAGUGCUGAAACGGGACGAGGAGCUGAGGUUAAUUGAGGAUAAGCGUGUACGGAAGCUGAAGACGGAGCUGCUGGACGUGAAAAGGAAAGGGGCCAAACGGAGCAGUGGAAAUUACAGCGAGCGCAGCUGCGGCAGAUGCCAGGAGCCUCUAAGUCGGCUGGCAGUUUUUCCCAGCCAGUGCAAGAUGUGUAAACACAACGUGUGCCGCAACUGCCAAGCGGUCCUGCCCGAUGGAUCGCGGCUCUGCAGCGUGUGUGUCAAAGAAUCGGAUGUGAAGAAACGGACAGGCGACUGGUUUUAUGAUCAAAGGGUAAACCGCUUUUCCAUGACGCCUGCACAUGACCUUGUGAGAGCUUCCCUGAGAAAGAGGCACCAAAUUAAAAAGCGUGUUACGACCGGGGAAUUGCUUCUAGAAAGUACUGAGAAAAAUUUGGACCCACCCAAACCUGUUCCCGUGCCCAGACAGAAGAAGAUGAAUAAAAGCAGUUCAAGUGAGACGCUUGAAUCCAUCGCGUCUCGGGAGUCGAGUGAAUCCAAGUCCAGCGUUUCGUCAAAGACGAGCUUUUCUUCGAAGCCAACUCGCAGUGACACAGAGUCUGCAGAAAACCACAGUGAAACCAGCACCAGGACUAAUACAGAACCUAGCUGUGUGACCCCUGAGGAGACGGGAGAACUACAGCGUUCCAACUCCUCCAGCCCAACACCAUCCAGUGCUCCCAGUUUGUCUGUCCCAGUUAAAGCAGAUGUCGUCAGCACUGAUGGCGGCAACUCCAAUUCUCUAGCUGCGGUUAAAGGAAAAGCUGUCAGUCAGAGCCCUGAGCUGGAUGUUGAAAAGCUCUUCAAGAAGAGCAUCAGACGACCGGAAAAACCUGCAGAGUUUGGGUCAACAGUGGACCUUUGGGAUGGAUGUCAGACAUCAGAGCCUUCGAUGGGAAGCAGGAGCCGCUCUGUUCCAGGCUUAGAUUUACAGGAGAUUGAAGAGGAAGAAGAAGAUAUUGACACCUUGGUCAACAUUCACAAAAGCCAAAUGACUAAAAGUCACUCAGACCUCUAUAACUCAAAGAGCACACUGGGCAGCAUGAUGAGUAUUUACAGUGAUGCAGGAGACUACGGCACCGUGGAGGUGAGCGGGCAGGUUGUCUUCUCUCUGCGAUACGACGAGCACACCCAGAGCUUGCAAGUUUUCAUCAAGGAGUGCCAGGAUCUGGCUUACGGCGACGCCUCCCGGAAGCUCUCCAACCCUUAUGUAAAAUGUUAUCUGCUCCACGACAAAACUCGCCAAAGCAAGAAGAAAACCAGCAUCAAGAAAAACACCAUCCAUCCCAUUUUCAGUGAAACCUUAAAGUACUCCAUCAGCCGCUCUGAACUGCUCAACCAAUCUGUGUCGAUAUCUGUCUGGCAUCAUGGCCGCCUCAGUCGUAACGUCUUCCUGGGGGAGGUGAUGGUCCCCUUGGACAGCAGGAACCUGGACAGUCCUCUUGAAGAAUGUUGGCACCUCACAGGGAAGACGAGUUCUGAUGUGCCAGCUACAGCCUUCGAACAGUACAGUGGAGAGUUGGUCAUCUCACUGAAGUACGUCACUCCUAACAAGUCUACCACUGAGAAAGUCAAAGGCAAAAAAGCUGCUAAAGUCCAAGGAGGAGAGCUGCAUGUUCUCAUCAAGGAGGCAAAAAAUCUGAAGUCAGGAAAGUCUGGAAGCACAACAGACAGUUUUGUUAAAGGUCACUUGUUUCCAUCAAAGGCAAAGACCACAAAGAUGAAGACUCCAGUGGUGAAGAAGAACCUGAACCCUCACUAUGAUACCAUUUUUGUGUAUAAUGAGCUGACUCUGGAGCAGCUGAAGGAGGUGUGUUUGGAGCUGACGGUGUGGGACAAGGAGGCCGUGCUGAACAAUGAAUUACUGGGAGGUGUUCGCCUCAGCUCUGGCAACGGAGCGAUCAAAGUUGGGAAAACGGAGGUGGAGUUGGACUCUGUUGGAGAGGAGGUCAGUCUGUGGCAGAAGAUGAUGCAGUACCCUGACUCAUGGGCAGAGGGCACUCUUCCACUGCGCUCCACCAUGGCAAAGAUGGCAAAGAUAAAGGGGAAAUGAGGGCCGGACGCUAAAGGAUCCAGACACUAAAGUGAUGAGAACUACAGAAGCUGAGACCAACUUGAUACCGUGGCUGUAUUCCAGCUUUGAUGCUGAUCAGACCUGCUGAGGAGCAUCACUGUUUGAUAUGUAGUUAACAUCUACCUCCCUGUAUGAAGUCCAUCUUAGGUUCCCUGACUUCAGACUGUUGAGAAACGUGCCAAAGCAUCACCACACUAAGUUCAUUUUUGUUUUUUAAAGUCCAGACUGUUAGUUUCAAAUCUUUAGAUCCACUUUGUCUCACUGCAUCUUUUUAUUGCAUACAGAACACAGAGCAGUUCUGUCUCUGCACUGUAACAGAACUGUGCCUUCGUUCAAUCCAACACAACUGCACUUUAGGACUGACGUCAACGAGAUUUGUGUAUAAAUAAGUUGAAUUAAAAGCCAGUUAAUGAAA